GUUCUGUGCUACCUAGGAUUUAUUUAGGUGGAGGAAGGAGAGUGGCAAUUAAGAGCAAUUAAUGACAGUCCGAGUGCAGGGGGAGGAUGGCUUGGACCUAACCUGUCAUUUAGCUGUGGACUCUGUGGAUGCUUUGCCGUGACGAAGGGCCGAGGGCUGACCGAGUCGUGGGGAGGAUUUGUAUGUAGGAAGAGAGGAGAUGGCUGUGCAGCGUGCUCCCGAAUCUGCUCUGAGCCUGCUGAUGAUGACGGAGGGUCGCAGAUGCCAAGUGCACCUCCUUGACGACAGGAAGCUGGAGCUCCUCGUUCAGCCAAAGCUUUUGGCCAAGGAGUUGCUUGACUUGGUGGCAUCUCAUUUCAACCUGAAGGAGAAGGAGUACUUUGGAAUUGCAUUCACAGAUGAAACGGGACACUUGAACUGGCUUCAGCUGGACCGACGGGUGCUGGAACAUGACUUCCCCAAAAAGUCAGGACCGGUUGUUUUGUACUUUUGUGUCAGGUUCUACAUUGAAAGCAUCUCCUAUCUGAAGGACAAUGCCACCAUCGAGCUGUUUUUCUUGAACGCCAAGUCCUGCAUCUACAAGGAACUCAUUGAGGUUGACAGCGAGGUGGUGUUUGAACUGGCUGCGUACAUCUUGCAGGAGGCAAAGGGAGAUUUUUCAAGCAAUGAAGUUGUAAGGAAUGAAUUAAAGAAGCUGCCAGCCCUUCCGACGCCGGCGCUGAAGGAGCAUCCUUCCCUCGCUUACUGUGAGGAUCGAGUCAUUGAACAUUACAAGAAACUAAAUGGUCAGACAAGAGGUCAAGCAAUUGUGAAUUACAUGAGCAUUGUAGAAUCCCUCCCAACAUAUGGAGUGCAUUAUUAUGCAGUAAAGGACAAGCAGGGAAUUCCAUGGUGGUUAGGACUUAGCUACAAGGGGAUUUUUCAAUAUGACUACCAUGACAAAGUGAAACCAAGAAAGAUCUUUCAAUGGAGGCAGCUGGAGAACCUCUAUUUCCGCGAGAAGAAGUUCUCGGUGGAGGUGCACGAUCCGCGCAGGGCAUCUGUGACCAGGAGGACUUUUGGGCAUAGUGGCAUCGCUGUGCAUACGUGGUACGCCUGUCCAGCACUAAUAAAGUCUAUCUGGGCUAUGGCCAUUAGUCAACACCAGUUCUACCUGGACAGGAAGCAAAGCAAGUCCAAGAUUCAUGCUGCAAGGAGCCUGAGUGAGAUUGCGAUUGACCUGACCGAAACUGGAACGCUCAAGACCUCGAAGCUGGCAAACAUGGGGAGUAAAGGCAAAAUUAUCAGCGGCAGCAGCGGGAGUCUUCUGUCAUCAGGUUCCCAAGAGUCAGACAGUUCUCAGUCUGCCAAGAAAGACAUGCUGGCUGCACUGAAAUCCAGGCAAGAAGCUUUGGAAGAGACACUGCGCCAACGCUUGGAAGAGCUGAAGAAACUGUGCCUGCGUGAAGCGGAGCUCACAGGAAAGCUGCCACGAGAAUACCCCCUGGAUCCUGGGGAGGAGCCACCUAUUGUGAGGAGAAGAAUAGGAACUGCCUUUAAACUGGAUGAGCAGAAAAUCCUGCCUAAAGGAGAGGAGGCAGAACUGGAGCGACUGGAAAGGGAAUUUGCCAUUCAGUCCCAGAUCACGGAGGCUGCCCGGCGCCUGGCGAGCGACCCAAACGUCAGCAAGAAGCUGAAGAAGCAGAGGAAGACAUCCUAUCUGAAUGCACUGAAGAAGCUGCAGGAGAUCGAGAAUGCCAUCAACGAGUAUCGCAUCAAAUCAGGAAAGAAGCCAACCCAGAGGGCCUCUCUGAUCAUAGAUGAAGGAAACAUUGCCAGUGAAGACAGCUCCCUCUCAGACGCCCUUGUUCUCGAGGAUGAGGAUUCUCAGGUCACCAGCACAAUCUCCCCUCUCCAGUCCCCACACAAAGGACUCCCUCCCCGGCCGCCGUUGCACAACCGGCCUCCUCCUCCGCAGUCGCUGGAAGGGCUCCGCCAGAUGCAUUAUCACCGCAACGACUAUGACAAGUCCCCCAUCAAACCCAAGAUGUGGAGUGAGUCAUCCUUGGAUGAGCCCUAUGAGAAGGUCAAGAAACGCUCCUCGCACAGCCAUUCCAGCAGUCACAAGCGGUUCCCCAGCACUGGGAGCUGUGCCGAGGCAGGAGGGAGCAGCUCUCUGCAGAACAGCCCCAUCCGGAGCCUUCCCCACUGGAAUUCCCAGUCCAGCAUGCCGUCAACGCCGGAUCUACGGGUACGCAGUCCGCACUACGUCCACUCCACACGGUCAGUAGACAUCAGCCCAACCAGACUGCACAGCUUAGCUCAGCACUUUAGGCACCGGAGCUCCAGUUUGGAGUCACAAGGAAAGCUCCUCGGCUCAGAAAAUGAGACAGGGAGCCCCGAUUUCUACACCCCAAGGACUCGUAGCAGUAACGGCUCUGACCCCAUGGACGACUGCUCUUCCUGCACCAGCCAUUCCAGCUCUGAGCACUACUACCCCGCUCAGAUGAACCCCAACUACUCCACCCUGGCAGAGGAUUCCCCGUCGAAAGCCAGAGAACGGCAGAGGCAAAGGCACAAAUCAGCAGGCAACCUGGUCUCUUCCAAUUCAGGGAGCAUGCCCAACCUGGCUGCGAGGAACGGGACGGGACACCACCGUGUCUACCUGCACAGCCAGAGCCAGCCCUCCUCCCAGUACAGGAUCAAAGAAUACCCCCUGUACAUCGAGGGCAGCUCCACGCCCGUGGUGGUGCGGAGCCUGGAGAAUGACCAGGAGGGGCAUUACAGCGUGAAAGCACAAUUCAAAACCUCCAACUCCUACACGGCGGGGGGGAUGUUUAAGGAGAACUGGCACGGAGAUGAAGUGGACUCGGUCAGGCUCACCCCCUCCCGCUCCCAAAUCAUAAGGACUCCAUCUCUGGGCAGGGAGGGCCACGAGAAAGGCUCGGGUAGGACUGCGGUGUCGGACGAGCUGCGGCUCUGGUACCAGCGGUCCACGGCCUCCCACAAGGAGCACAGCCGCCUCUCGCACACGAGCUCCACCUCCUCGGACAGCAGCUCCCAGUACAGCACAUCUUCACAAAGCACCUUUGUGGCGCACAGCCGGGUCACGAGAAUGCCUCAGAUGUGUAAAGCAACAUCAGCUGCCUUACCUCACAGCCAGAGGAGUUCCACGCCGUCGAGUGAACUUGCAGCCACGCCACCGGGCAGUCCCCACCACAUUCUCACGUGGCAGACUGGAGAAGCAACAGACAACUCACCCACUAUGGAUGAGUCUCAGUCUCCAACCCACCAAAGUACUGAUGAAUAGAGGAACUACAAUGAUAGCUGUUUCCUGGAUUCUCCCCUCUAUCCAGAAUUAGCAGAUGUCCAGUGGUAUGGGCAGGAAAAAGCCAAGCCUGGGACUCUAGUGUGAACCCCUGACCUCAAGUUAAUCACAUCAAUGCCAUUCUGAGAUCACCUCACUGCCUCUCAUUUGCCUUACCCAGAUGCACUGUCACCCAGCACCAGCUUCAAGUCUAAGCACUUUUCUCACGAUGCAAUUCAAGGCGACAUUUAUGGAACACUGGCCCUGAGACAUCCACCGCGGCAGCGACGGAGCGCAGCACAUCCCACGGCCAGGCAGGUGCCCGUCCCUCCCACCGCAGUGGGCGGAGAGGAGCAGACACCUGAACAGCCAGUUGGCAGUUUAAAAAUUGGUUUUCCUUUGAAACAAUGGAAGCCUUUCAAGGCUUACAUCAAAUCUUAGUGUUCCACGGCACGUAACAGCAGUGAGAGUUCCAUGACCUGCGAGCUGAAGCCAACAGACUUAGUUUUAAGGGGGCGGGGAUGGGACAGAGGCUGAGAAGUGGAUACCAUAGUCCUGAAAGUGCAUCUGUUCUGAAGAAACAGCAACAUCCCAUCACUGCAGAGAUGUGUCAGUGUCACAAUCAGAUCAGCACUGCCAAAAAUCACCACACCACCGCUUGCAGGACAAGUUUGCUCGCAAGUUUCAGCUACAAGAACAUCUCCCUCCUUUUAACUCGGUGGCAGACGCGGCCACCUCCUGUAAAAUGGCAUUUCCUUCUUCGCUUGGAGCCCACCUAUACGCGAGUAAAACCACCCCCUGCGCUGCAGACACACCAGAGGUCUGGGCUGGUAUCACAGCAUCGCUGUCUAAAAGCUACUGUUAAACUGGACAAACAAGGUUUACAAAGGCAUUACCUAAAGCAGAGGCGAGUACUGCACUCACAGCAUCUCUGUGGCUGGCACAGGGUGCCCACCAACGCACAGAGAGGUUGGGGGUUGCGACGGUUUUUUUUGAUAAAAGGUAAAAAUUGCCAAAAAAAAAAAAAAAAA